GAUGCCACUUAUGUGAUGCUGACAUAUCAGAUACAACCUCUAAAUUAAAAUACAUGAAUAUUGAUCAGUUAUAGCUACAGUUGGCAAGUAAGCCUAUCUUCUUUUCUUUCACAGGACUCCAUUGGACACGGAUCAGAGCUACAUUGAAUUAUGGUGUUCCUUAUAUUGUUAGUUACAUUCAUCUGCAUCUUUUAUGGAGUACAGCUAAUCCGGCUCCUUGCCUCUGACUGUGACCUUGUUCUCCAAUGGAAACUGAAAUUUGGAAACACUAUGGCGGCGCUGAGUGGUCAAGUGGUGUGGAUAACAGGAGCAUCCAGUGGAGUGGGUGAACAAUUAGCUUUAGAAUUUGCUGCUGCAGGAUGUAAGCUGGUACUAUCAGCAAGACGUCCAGAUGAGUUGGAACGUGUCAAGCAUCAAUGUAUAGAAAGUGGUCGUAUUUCUCCGGAUGAUGUCUUGGUUGUACCUCUAGACUUGUUGGAUUUCGGAAGCCAUCCUCAUGCUGUCAUGAAUGUUUUACAGUAUUAUUCCCAGAUUGACAUCCUAGUAAACAAUGCCGGACGCAGUCAACGAGCAGCAUGGGAAGAGACCUCAUUGGACGUAGACCGAUACUGCAUGGAAUUAAACGUUCUUGGUACAUUGUCUCUCACCAAGAAUGUUCUACCUCAUAUGAUAAACCGAGGAGAAGGCCACAUAGUUGUAAUGGGGGCUGUUGAAGGGAAAAUAGGUGCACCUUUUUCGGCUUCUUAUACUGGUGCCAAGCAUGCUCUUCAGGGAUAUUUUGAUAGUCUUCGAUUAGAGAUGCACAACCACAACAUUGGUGUGUCAAUUAUUUGCCCUGGGCCAACUUUCUCAAAUCUUCUGGAAAAUGCAUUCACAGGAACUAUUGCUACUAAUUAUGGCAUGAAGAUGGACCCUAAUGAUAGACGAAUGGACACAGGACGCUGCGCCCGACUUAUAAUUCUUGCUGUGGCCAACAAGUUAGAUGAGGUCUGGAUUGCUAGACAUCCCCUGCUUUUGGUGAUGUACUUGUGUCAGUAUUGUCCUUCUGUUGGACAAUGGGUUCUCUGCCAUUUCGGUAAAAAGAUGUUAUUGACUGCAAAGAGUGGAGCACGUGUAUAAAAGAAGACCAACAACAAAAACAACGAAUAAUCAUUUUAAAAACAUUUUUCAUUCUUAUAUUAAGGUUGGUAUAGUCAUUUUUA